UUCAACUACCUGCACAAAAAGCAGUCAGGAGGCGCCGGUCAGUUCGGCCGUGUUAUCGGCGUGCUCGAGCCAUUAACAGGCGAACAAAAUACACAGUUGUUUUUUAAGGACGAGACCAGUGGGACCAGGCUACCCAAAAACUAUGUGCCCUCGAUUCGGACAGGCUUCGAACUUGCGUGCGCUUCUGGCGGUUACCUCAUUGGUCAGCCGGUUGUCGGUGUCCGCUUCCGGCUACAGGAUGGGGAUCAUCAUGCAGUGGAUAGCAGUGAUUGGUCAUUUCAACUUGCCACAAUGGGAGCUAUGCGAGAUGGUACGCAAACAUUUAUCGACACCAUUGCUCUCAUUAUUUUUCAAGUUUUUCACAGAAAUUCGUCUAUCAUGCUGGUUUUAAUUUUGUGA